AUGUCAAGUGUCGAACACCAGCGUUCGGAUCGAACGCGCCACGCUCGCGAAUGCGCCGUGCUUGCUGCGGGCCUGGAGACGCAGAUUGAGUACCCACUCAAGGUUAAGGCUGUACUGUUCCCCGUUAGCGGUGGGGCGCCGCGCAUAAUCGAUGUCUCGUACCGGCUCGGUCACUGGCCGACGACGCCCAACAUACCCAAACACGACCUCGACCUGCCCCCCGUCUUAGGCGACACCCGUAUGGCGCUCCCAGUCACAAUCCAAAGGGACGGCCCCAAGCCGACAGCGCCGGCACUGGGACACACCCUGACGCUAGUGCAUACCCUCGAGUACGCAGACGAGGGCCGGGCGCGGAACAUGUGCAUCGAUCGGAUUGCGCCGAAGGGCUUCCCGUGGCGGGACAAUGCGGUCGGGUUCCGGAACACGCCGCCUGCUGAGCGCAUAGCGCAGUAUGAUGAUGUGACCGAGGACGACGUGCGGGUGUUCACGAAGUACUUCGCAGAGGGCGGGGAUGGAGGGAACGUCUUGGAUGCUGAUACGCAAGCCUUGCUGGACGCGAUUCCGAGGGGUGUCGACACCGUGAUAUUUUGA